AUGAAAAAAGAAUUCAUAGAAAUCAAGAUUAAAGGAAAAAUCUAAGCAGUAGAACACAUUCUAUACAAUUAUGAUAGGUUUUAUCAUGAAAAAAAAAAAUUAAAAGUUCCUCUACCGUUUUUCUAUGAUUAAUUUGCUAGCGAUAAAGUGCUUGAUAAUAUUUUAAUUUACAUGGAUAAUGAUCAUACUAACUUUUUUAAUUCUAUUAUUUCAGUAGGAUAUCUUAAAAAUGAUUUACAAUAUUUUUAAAACACUGCAUUUUCAAAUAAUGUAAUGAAUAAAUUUCUAGUUUCUUCUGAAAAUCGUUAAUUUACUGAAUUUUUCUAAAUCUAUAAUGAAUCUAACAAAGAAGAAUUAAGCGGGUUUAACAUUAAUUGUGCCAUGAUAGAAUAUAAUUAUAUUCAACAAAAAGCAGCAUUUGAAAAGAAAUUAAAAGGGAAUUCUUAGCCAACAACAAGCUCCUAUCCUAAUUAGUUAAAUAAAAAUAUAAAAGAAUAGUGUGAUUCAUUAAGAGAAGAGCUUUCAGUUAUCUGUGAUAAAAUAAAUAUUAUGAAUAUGAGAAUGUAAAGUGAUUUGUAAUAGAGAAAAUAAGAAUCUAAUUAAUAUAAACAGAGGAAAAAAAGGCUUUAAGCGCAACUUAAAUAAGAAGAUGAACUGAAUAAAAAAUUAGUAAGAAUGAUUCAUGAAUUAACAGCUUAAAAAAAAGUACUUGAACAGUAGAAAUAAAAUCUACUUAAAAAUUUUAGUGAAGAAUUAUAGAAAGAAGUGCAGAAAAAGCUCAAAGACUAUUAAGAUAUGUUAAGAGCAAAACACAAAGAUGAAAUUUUAAAAUUGGAAUAAACCUACAACUUUGAUCUUGCCAAAAGAAAAAAGAUAACUCAAGAUAUAUCUGAGCUCAAAAAUGAAAAUUAAAGUAUGAAGUAGUCUGUAGAAAGUUCAAAAAAAAUUAUAAACGAUAUUCUUAUCAAAUAGAGAGAUAAAUUAACAGAAAUAUAGGAAGUAAAAAAGAAAAUUAAUGAUCUUGAUUAGUAGUAUCAAUUGUUGUGUUCUUAAAGUGAUUAGUAAAAUGAUAUUUUAAAUUGCAAGCUUUGUUAAGAGAGGCCUGCCUAAAUUAUUUUCCGUCCUUGUGGACAUUUAAUAUAUUGUGAGAGCUGUUGGAUAGAUUAUUUGACAGAAGAAAGAGACCCUUAUGUGAACCAAGCUAAGUACAUGUGCUUAGCUUGCAGAGAGUUUAGGAAUGUAUGCAGAAUAGAAGGAUUUAGUGAAUUAAAAGAAUAAUGA